CUCUUCAUCGAGGGCGCGCGUUGGGACGCGGACGUGCAGCUCUUGCAAGAGUCCGAGGCCAAAGUGCUCUUCACGCAGCUGCCCGUCGUGCACAUGCUGCCAGAGCAGCAUCGCAAGCCGCCGAGCGAGGGCGUCUACGCGUGCCCCAUCUACAAGACGCUAGCGAGGUUCGGCACCCUCUCCACCACCGGGCACUCAACCAACUUUGUGAUGGUACUUGACAUUCCAUGUAGUUUGGACCAGCCGCAGCCGCACUGGGUGAAGCGCGGGGUGGCCGGGCUGCUCUCGCUGAACUUU